AUGAUGCGGUGUUUGCGCCGUCGCUCUCGGACAAUCUGUCUGUCCUUGGCCUUCAUCACCGUUUUCCUCCACCUCCUCCUGGCGCUCGCCUCUCUUUCCAUUUACCAACCGCCGUGCGACUCCCCGCCGUCACCCAACAUCCUGAGGGCCCUGGCACGCAGCAGCUUCGCCCCUACAGGGCUCAGUGGUCUCGCUGACCCACCAGCUGACACCACCCAAAGAGAUUCUUCCGAUGUAGAUGCCAGUAAGGAUGGCAAAGGUCGCGUGGGAACGGCUCCUGCUUCAGUUGAAGUGGCUGGCAGCCGGGGUCACCAUGACAACAACGGAGCGGAACCUUUGGAGUCUGGGAUGUCAAAACUGGAGGCGCUGUUUGACCAUCCUCUGUACAACACGCCCGGCCCGGCUGUCCUCGAGGACGACUGGCUGCUGAGAGUGAAACCAAAGGUCAAGGCUGCAGAGGAGAGCUCGCAGAUGUGGUCAGUGGUUAGUCAGGAGAGCUACGAGGACGUCACGUGGAACAGCAGCAGCGACUCUCACCCCCCCUGGCUGCGCUUCCACCUGGGCAUCUCCCGCUGGCAGCUCUACCCUCAUCGUGACCCCAACAUGGAGGCUCUGACGCAGCAGCUUGCCACGCACCGCAUCGUCAGUGCAGUGCAGAAGUCUGGGGGGACGCAACUGAAGCUGGUGAUGUCAUUUCCCAACUACGGACAAGCUCUGUUCAAGCCCAUGAAGCAGGAGAGAGACGACGAAACCAACUACAACCUCUACUACUUCUCAGACUUCGAGAGGCACAAUGCAGAAAUUGCUGCUUUUCACCUCGACAGGAUUUUGGGUUACAGGCGAGUCCCUCCUGUGGUCGGGCGGCUGCUGGACUUGAUUAAAGAGAUAAAGGACAUCACCACCGACCGCAAGCUGGCCCGGACCUUCUUUACCUCGCCUGUGGGCAAUGUGUGCUUCUAUGGCCAGUGCUCGUACUACUGUUCCACGGAACAUGCAGUGUGCGGCCGCCCCGGGGACCUGGAGGCCUCCCUGGCCGUGAUGCUCCCUGACCUGUCGCUGGCCACCCGGAGGAGCUGGAGAUCCCCCUGGAGACGCUCGUACAGCCGCAGCAAGCUGGCAAAGUGGGAGACAGAAUCCGACUACUGCUCCAAGGUGAAGACGACUCCACCCUACGACAAAGGCUCGAGGCUGCUGGACUUCAUAGACUUGGUCGUACUGGACUUCUUGAUGAGCAACAUGGACCGACACCACUAUGAGACCUUUGAGAAGUUUGGCGACAACACUGUUCUGUUGCACCUCGACAACGGCAGAGCAUUUGGGCGUCACUCCAGAGAUGAGCCGUCCAUCCUCGCUCCACUAGAACAGUGCUGCAGAAUCCGUCAGACCACGUGGCUUCGCCUGCGUCUCCUGUCUCUGCCUCAGUAUCGUCUCAGCGACGUCAUGCGGGCCUCGCUUUCCCAGGAUCCCCUGCACCGCGCGGCCCCCCUGCUGGCAGAGCCUCACCUCGCUGCUCUGGAUCGGCGUCUGAGAACCGUGCUGGUGACUGUGAGUCGCUGCCAGAAGCAGCGGAGCGUGGACGCUGGUAGUGAUGAGGUCAUUUUUGAUGACACCGCCCACUUGAAAGACUUGUUGACCCCUGCAGGUUAGAGCAGCCUCACUGCUCCUCACACAACAACAUGCAAGACGUCAGCGGUUAAAGUGACAAGGACUGAAAUGGUUUCUCUACAUAUUUUCUGCAGGUUGAAUAAAUAAGACAAAACACGAGGAGGACUGAGUUAUUUACAAAACCCCAAAUGGCUGUAAAUCCGAAACGUGCACAUUCACAUCAGUUUAAAAUGUAUUAAGUUAUUAGUGCUGUUAAAGAGGUUUGGUCAGAUCUUUACAACUUUACAAUUUUCAGGUAUUGGAAGUGAAAUUUUGGAAAUACAAAAAUAGGUUUGUAAUUAUUUUCUCCAUAUUUGAAAUACAUUCUCUCCUUUUCUCCUUUAAGUACAUGCUGCCUGUAUUAUGUGAUAAAUUAUUGCGAUUAAUACUAUGACAAUAAAUUCUGAAGCGAAAAAUGAUAACUCACAAACCUGUUGAUGAGUCAAAUUGAAAAUGGAGGAUGGAAAUAAUGUUUUCCACACUUUGUACUGUUUUAAUCACCUAGUGUUUGGUUUGUUAGC